GAUGUAAUCAAUCUUUUUUUUUUUUUUAGGAUCUCAUGGAAUCAUUGUCAUUACUCUGUUUACCAACACCUGAAGCAAAUGCAAUUUGGACAGUACGAAUGAUCAAGGGUUCUGAUGUUGAAGUUAUUACAGAAGCUGAUUUGGUAUCAUUUACAAAAUCGGUUUUUCGAUUAGCAAUGCUUGAAAAAUUAAAAAGUAGCAAAACAUUUAAUUGCGGCUUUCACUUAAUUGAUACAGCUCUACAAAAUGUUGCUACUCAUCGUUCACAUGGAACAUUUAAGGCAUUGGACAAGGAUGGCAAUGGUUAUAUUUGCAAGUCUGAUUUUGUCAACUUUUUUCAGCAAAAUGAUUGUUUGGAUCCAAUUUUCAUGAAAUCAUUCAAGCGCUUAAAAAUACGGUAAUAUAGCGUA